AUGCGCUACUCUCUCGCCGCCAUUGCUGCCUUCGCGGCUUCCGCCUCUGCCCACGGUGUCAUCACUGAGAUCCAGGGCGCAAAUGGAGUAACCAUGCCCGGUCUCUCUGUCCAGGACGGUACUCCCCGUGAUUGCGCCACUCCCCGCUGCGGCUCUGAAGCCGACACCUCCAUCAUCCGCACCCGCGAAAUGGGCGGCAAGGCCUCCGCCCUUGGCCGCACCCAGGGUGGCGGUGCCGUCGACGCCGGCGCUGCUAUCGCCGCGUUCAUGGGUGGAUCCAGCGGCGCUGCUGCAGCUCCCGCUGCUGGAGCUGCAACUGGUGCUGGCGCUACAACUGGCGCUGGAGCCGCGACCGCAGGCGCUGCCACCACCAAGCGCCAGAACACCAAGGGAACAAAGACCCCCAAGGGCACAAAGGAAAACGCGGUUGCCGCCUCCGCCGGCGCUGGCGCAUCCUCCGGUCUCCCCACCACCGCCGACGAUGGCACAAUCACCAUGACCUUCCACCAGGUCAACCAGGACGGUGCGGGCCCUCUGACCGCAGCAAUCGAUGCGACCUCCGGCGGCACCGACCCUGCUGCCUUCCAGGACGCCAAGGUCACGCAGAACGUGCCUGGUAUCGGCAUCGGAGGCUUGUCUGCCGCCACGACCACGGAUUUCCCCGUCAAGGUGCAGAUGCCGCAGGGCAUGACGUGCUCGGGUACUGCUGGUGGCGCCUCAAACGUGUGUGUCGUCCGUCUGCAGAACAGCGCGCUUGCCGGUCCCUUUGGUGGCUCCGCUGCCUUCACCCAGAGCGCGGCUGCGAAGAAGCGCGCGGUUGAGUACAACCUCCGCAAGAGGCAUAUGGCGCGCGGUAUCCUUGGCAAGCCCGAGUAA